AUGUCCGAAAACCGUACUCUCACCCGCUUUAAAGCUAAACGUCCGUAUACCCGACCGAAGUUCGCGCGAAUGGUUGUUCCCCAUUUGCACAGUGUCAAGUAUAGUAUCUGUGGGCAUUGCUUCAGUAACUAUAUCUUCACAAAGGGAGAGGGGAUCAACGCCAACAAGUGCUGUUGCCGCCGCAUUGACCCCGUGAAGAUUUCCUUCGACAGUAAGGAACAGAUUAUGAGGCGUAUCACGGAACGCGUGAUCCACGGCCGUUGCUCGCCAUGUAACCAGCAAGCCGAAGAGUCACGUCUACGACUCGAAGAAGAUCGCGAGAACGACACCUGCACGGCGAUUCUAGCAAGAAUCGCAGCCAAUGCGGGCGACUUUGGAUGGGAAGAACUGACCGAGGACUGGGUCCCGGUUUUAGAAGAGAAGAAGACAAAUAAAGAAACUUAA